CACGCCCAACCCGGCCCGGCCCAGGCGCGACGGGGCGGCCGAGAGGAGCCGAGCGGGGCCGAACGGAGCCGAACCGGGACCGAAGGGAACCGAACCGAGACCGAACGGGGCCGAGCCGGGACACAGCGGGGCCGAACCGGGACCGAACCGGGCUGAGCCGCGACCCAGCGUAGCUGAACGGAGCCGAACCGGGACCCAGCGGAGCCGAACGGGACCGAACAGGGACGGAGCGGGGCCGAAGCGAGGCCGAGCGGUGCCGGACGGGUUCGGAGCGGUUCGGAGCGGCUCGGAGCAGUUCGGCGCCGCUCGGCCCCGGUUCGGCCCGGCCCGGAGCGGGUCCCGGGCCGGUGCCGGCGAUGCGGCCGCUCCCGGUGCCGCUGCUGCUGCUGCUGCUGAGCCCGGUGCCGGGGCGGGCCGGGGGGUGCCCCCCGUGUCCCCGCGGUGUCCCCGAGCCCUGCGACAGCCGCUGCCCGCCCUGCGCCCGCACGCGGAGCCCCGCCGAGGAGGAGCCGGAGGAGCCGUGCCCGCCCUGCCCGCCCUGCGGCCACGAGGCCACGGCGCCGCUCGCUGAGGGGACGCCGCCGGUGCCGGGGACCCCCCGAGUGACCCCGCCGGUGUCGGGGGCGCCCCCCGAGCCGCCCGGGGACAUCAUCCCCCUGUACUGCGCCCUCCUGGCCGGCCUCGUCGUGGGGCUCGUGGCCUACGUGGCCUUCAAGUGCUGGGACACGUGCAGGAAAAAGCGGCAGCUGGACAAGGCGCGGGACGCGGGGGACGCGGCGGUGGCGGCGGACGCGGAGAAGCUGCGGGGAGACGGCGGCGUCUGCCCGGACAGCGCCGGCCUGGAGCCGCCUCAGCCCCCGCCCCCCGAGGGUCCCUCCCCGCUCCCAGGGUCCCCGCGGCGCCAGGAGCAGCCGGCAGAGCUGGAGCGGCUCCUGGAGCUCGGAGCGCCCGGCAGCGACCGGCGCGGCCCCGGCCCCGCGGGGACACCGGGGGACAUCACCUCCGCCGUGUGACACCCCCGGCGACACUGCGGCUGCUCCCGGCGGCGCUCCCGCUUCCCGAUGGAUUCCUGGGGAAUUUUUUUAUGUGGGUUUUGUACUUUUUGUAGGGAUUCUGGGGGGUGGGAUGGAGACCUUUGGUGGCUGGUGCCUGGGUGGGCGCAUUAAACGUGUCACUGGGUGCCACCAGGGUUUGUGUCCUCAGGUGUCUGUGUGUCCAUGCGUGUUCCAGGGAUGUGUCCCUUCCGGUGUCCCCAGCGUCCCCAGGUGUCCAUGUGUCCCUGGGAUGUGUCCCUUCAGGUGUUGAAGUAUUCCCAGGUGUCCCUUCUGGUGUCCGUUUGUCCCCAGAAUGUGUCACCUUGGGUAUCCCCAGUGUCCAUGGGAUGUGUCCCUUCAGGUGUCCGUUUGUCCCUGGAAUGCGCCCCCUGGGAUCUCCCAAGUGUCCCCAGCUGUCCAUGAGUCCCUUUGGGUGUUUGUGUGUCGCUAGGAUGCACCCCAAGAGUCCCCAGGUGUCCCUUUGUCCCCAAGAUGUGUCCCUGCAUCCCUGGGAUGUGACCGCUCAGGUGUCUGGGCUGGGUGUCCCCAGGUGUCCCGCAUGUCCCCAGGGCCAUGUCCCAAGGAUGGGACCCCUCAGGUGUCUGUGUGUCCCUGGGCAUCCACGUGUGUCACCAGGACACGUCCCGGGGUGUCCGUGUGUCCCACACCCAUCCCAGACCAGCCCCAGGAGGAGGAGGGGACACCCCAAAGACCCCAAGGCAGGUGGCACUGGGGACAGAAAAGCCAUUUCUAACCCCAAAAUGCUCCCAGGUC